AUGUCGUUCUCUUCUUUCCGUUUACUUCGUGCCGUUUCACGACGGGAACUAUACAUAACGCGUCCAAAUUUUACUGCCAGCACCACCACCCUUCUCAACUUUCCAUUUUCUUUCACAAAUGGAACUAGGGCAGCCGCUUUACCAUUCUCCAAAACGGCACGCGCCUUCUCAACCGCAACUGAAGAAAAAAGCGGAGGCGGCGGUAGCAAACUAGUUUGGAUAGCCGCUGGUCUUGUUGGAGCGGGAGCAGGCUAUUAUAUCUUUUCGACGCAACAAAUCAUUCAAAAGGUAGAACCACUCGCGGAGGCAACGCCGCCGCCUAAAAAAGAAAUCGAUUAUCAGAGUGUUUAUAAUCAAAUUGCGGAUAUUUUGGAGGACAAUGACUAUGAUGAUGGGUCAUAUGGUCCUGUACUUUUACGGUUAGCAUGGCAUUCAUCCGGAACUUAUGAUAAGGAAACGGGGACUGGUGGAAGUAAUGGUGCAACCAUGCGAUUUGCACAGGAAGGCGGAUAUGGUGCGAAUGCUGGAUUAAACGUUGCCCGAGAUAAAUUAGAGUCGAUCAAAGAGAAAAAUCCGGAAAUUUCAUACUCAGAUUUGUGGACUUUAGCUGGUGUAGUUGCAAUUCAAGAAUUGGGUGGACCGACAAUUCCUUGGAGACCCGGACGUGUUGAUGCUGAUGUAUCAUUGACCACACCUGAUGGACGACUUCCGGAUGCUGAGAAAGGCGCUAAACAUAUCCGUGAUAUAUUUUACCGAAUGGGCUUUGAUGAUCGUGAAAUUGUGGCUUUAAUUGGUGCUCACGCACUCGGUCGAUGUCAUCCUACACGAAGUGGAUUUGAUGGGCCAUGGACUUCUUCGCCGACAGUCUUCACCAAUGAUUUCUUUAAAGAACUCUUGAAUAAGAAAUGGGUCGAGAAAAAAUGGAAAGGACCAAAACAAUAUGUGGAUAAACAAACUGGUAACUUGAUGAUGCUUCCCGCAGAUCUUGCAUUUAUUCAAGAUAAAUCAUUCAAAUCAUGGGUCGAGAAAUAUGCAAAGGAUGAACAAUUAUACUUUAAGGAUUUUGCUGAAGCUUUCACAAAGCUAUUGGAAUUAGGAGUGCCAUUUACCGGCAAUGAAAAAGUAUACACGUUUAAACCUACCACCCAAUAA